AUGGAGGGGGAGGAGAUCUAUAACUCUUUUUUGAGGAUUAUUGAAAGCGUCAAUGCCUUGAUAUCCCAAGGAUGUGGAGAUGUCGAUCAAGGGGAUGAACUGCAGCUUCAAAUCACCACUGGAGAUGUCGGAUUCGGCUCAGCUUUGCAAGGCUGGGGGUUCACAAUUCCAAUAAUUGCCGAUUAUUACUCAAAAAAGUUUGGAAUCAGCAAAGCAAAAAUGUUGGAACGUCUUUGGGGUGAUAAUUUCCGAAUGCCUAACGGAAAGUGGACUAAAAAUGAGAUGGCCCUUAGUCUCAGAGUGGUUUUGAUGAGUGCAAGGCAGAAUCCUGAGCAGUUGACAGGGGCACCUGCCGGGAAUAUAAUCGGGAUAGUCGGAAUCGAUAAGCACAUAAUGAAAACAGCCACACUGUCGGACGAUGCUGAGUGCUUUCCAAUCCGACAGAUGAAGUUCAGUGUCUCCCCUGUUGUCCGAGUGGCAGUGGCACCCAAGAAUACUGCCGAUUUGCCGAAAUUGAUUGAUGGCUUGAUAAAGCUGAAGAAAUCUGAUCCGAUGUGUAUUAGUUCCGAAUCGGGCGAACAUGUGAUUGCUGGAGCCGGAGAAUUGCACUUGGAGAUCUGUCUGAAGGAUCUUGAGGAAGAUCAUGCGUGUAUUCCAAUUAUAAAGAGUGAUCCGGUGGUCUCCUAUCGGGAGACUUGCAGGAAAAAGUCGCAAGUGCGUCUGACCAAGUCGCCUAAUCAGCACAAUCGUCUCUACGUUUAUUCGCAGGCGAUGACAGAUGAUUUGGUAGAGGAGAUGGAAUCUGUAUGUUCUGAUUUAUAUUAAAGGGGCGUUUAAUAUUUUCUUCGGACAUGAAGGAGAGGGCCAAGAAUUUGGAGAAAUUCGGGAUUGAUCCUUCAAUAUCAAGGCGGUGCUGGAGUUUUGGUGAAGACCCUCAAAUUGCCAAUUUGUUGUGUGACAGCACAAAGGGGGCACAGUUCAUAUCGGAAAUCAAAGACUCGUGCAUUGCUGGGUUUUGUUGGGCACUGAAAGAUGUAUUUGUAUUAAUACAUUGUUAGGGUCCUCUUUGCAAGGAAGCAAUGAGAGGAGUGCAUUCCAAUUUGGUGGAUGUCACUCUUCACGCUGAUUCAAUCCACAGAGGAGCCAAUCAAAUAGUCGAUCCAAUGCGGCGAGUGAUACUUGGGACGUUCCUUGAGGCAAGUCCUACGCUGGUAGAGCCAGUGUAUGUAGUCGAA